AAUCCGAACACACACUUGCGGAGGUAAGGAUGAGCCUUAGCAUCAUGUUACUGAACGCCGUGUGUGGAAGCUGUUGACGCAGCUUCUUUCUUCUCCUCCAUGGCUUCUUUUCCAUCCUUAUCACUCCCCAAAUUAAACUUAGUUAAGGCCUCCUCUGCAUCAACUUCCGCCCCCACUCUCACUACUCCAGAGGCCCUUACUGAGAAAUUUGGUAGGAAAGGCAUCAAGUUCUUGGAAUCCGAUAACACCCCCAUUGUUGAGCUCACUGUUAGAAAUGGCAGCUCCUUGAGAUUGCAAAUACCAGAUGCUCAUGUCACUUCCUACAAACCAAAAGUCUAUUGGAAAGAUGAUGGCUUCGAGGAGGUCUUAUACACACUUCCAGCUGGUGGUGGAACAUGCUCUUCCAAACAUAAGGGUGGGAUUGGUUUGGUCUUGAAUGAAGUGUUAGAACCCGGAGCUAAAGAGUCACUUCCCUCUGCUUUAGAUUGGACUGUCAGUGAUGUUGAUUCUGAUGCCAUUGAUGCUCUUCAGGUUGAAUUGAGCUACACUAGUAGAAUAUUUGACAUCACCUACGUUGUAACCCUGUACCCAAUGAGCUUGGCCACAGCGGUCAUAGUAAAGAACACAGGUCGAAAGGCUGUGACUCUGAGCAAUGCCAUACUUAGCCAUUUUAGUUUUAAGAAGAGAGGUGGGACCGCAAUCAACGGACUCCGUAGCUGCUCUUACUGCCCACACCCUCCCCCAUCUUCUCCUUUUCAAAUCCUGACUCCUGCUGAAGCAAUGAAAUCUGAGUCUCCUGGAUGGCUUACCUAUGAGUCUGAGGUUGAAGAGAAGCAGGGGAAGUGGUCUCAGCAGAGUGUGCCUUUCACCAUUCUGGAGAAUAAGAUAAGCAGAGUGUAUGCGGCUCCUCCAACAGAGAGAUCAAAGGCAUUUUAUAACACUCCACCUACCAAGUAUGAAACUGUUGAUCAGGGACGUGAGCUGAGCUUUAGGGUGAUAAGAAUGGGUUUUGAGGAUAUAUAUGUGUCUAGCCCUGGUUCAUUGUCGGAGAAAUAUGGAAAGGACUACUUUAUCUGCACUGGUCCUGCUUCAGUUUUGGUGCCUGUCACUGUAAAUCCUGAUGAACAAUGGAGAGGAGCACAAGUUAUUGAGCAUGAUAAUCUGUAAUUGAAUUGAUAAAAUUUAUGAAAUGUGAAAACAUAUCCUUGCGGCUUCCUGUUCAUUCUUCCUCCAGUUCCUCCAUUCUUUUUGCCGUAGCAGGAUUACCUUAUUCUUCCCACAAGUUACAUUCAAUUAAAAUACAUAAUGCUUGCUAAGUUUGUA